AUGGAGGUCUCCUUUAUGAAGAUGAAGAUAGAAUUUUAUGAAGAUGGUAACAAAGGAUACACAUGGAUAAGUAAGGAGAUAAGGAUAAAAAUGACUUUUAGCCUUAGCUAUGAAGGGUGUGGGGUGUGGGGUGUGGGGUGUGGGGUGUGGGGUGUGGGGUCUGGGGUCUGGGGUCUGGGGUCUGGGGUCUGGGGUCUGGGGUCUGGGGUCUGGGGUCUGGGGUCUGGGGUCUGGGGUCUGGGGUCUGGGGUCUGGGGUCUGGGUUCUGGGGUCUGGGUUCUGGGUUCUGGGUUCUGGGUUCUGGGUUCUGGGUUCUGGGGUCUGGGGUCUGGGGUCUGGGGUCUGGGGUCUGGGGUCUGGGGUCUGGGGUCUGGGGUCUGGGGUCUGGGGUCUGGGGUCUGGGGUCUGGGGUCUGGGGUCUGGGGUCUGGGGUCUGGGGUCUGGGGUCUGGGGUCUGGGGUCAGGGGUCAGGGGUCAGGGGUCAGGGGUCAGGGGUCAGGGGUCAGGGGUCAGGGGUCAGGGGUCAGGGGUCAGGGGUCAGGGUUCAGGGUUCAGG